UGCCCUGCCCUGAUUAGUUUCACCUUUUCCCAAUUACCUUUGUGUUUCUUGUGUAUUUAGUCUCUGGCUCUCUCAAAAAGUUACAAAAAAAACCAAACAAAACAAGUUUUCCUAAAAAGCUUUUCCUUGACAUCCAUGGAAAGAUGUGAAGGAGAAUUCAUAAGGACUUAGGAAAAGACAACCUUGAUGCUAAGAGAACCCGACUUCACUUGUACUUAGACACACAAUUAUGUGGGUGUUAUUGACGUAGGUCUUCCAUGGUGAAACUACGAUGUUCUGAAGAUGGCCUAAAAAAACCACACUCACAUUUAUUGACAUGAAUCCCAAUACUUUUGAGCCUUGGAAAAAUAGGGGCCGCUUAUAAAAAAGGCUUUAAUUCCUAAACUGUUAAUGCAAUAUUUUUGUUAAACCCUUUGAAUUAAAGCUGAAAGUCGACACUUCAAUCACUAUUCAUUAAUCAUUAAAACUAACCAGUGAGGGUUCGUUGCUAAACUAAACAGGUUAAGUUGAACAACAUCAGGAAUAUAUUGUCAGCUCUGUGCGCUCUAUCGUGUCUGACCGCCAUGGCUCUGAACAUUCCCGGUGUGGUUGCAGUGGUGGUGUUCUACAUCCUUAUUCUGGGGACAGGGUUGUGGGCCUCCCAAAAGUCCAGGAAGGCUGAGAGGAAGAGCCAUGGAAACAAGACCGAAGUGGUGCUCCUUGGAGACAGGAAUAUCAGCUUGUUGGUUGGGAUUUUCACCAUGACUGCUACUUGGGUCGGAGGUGGUUUUAUCCUGGGUGUAGCUGAGGCAGUGUACACUCCUAAAAUGGGCUUGAUAUGGGCUCUUAUGCCUAUUCAAUACUCUGUGUCUUUCAUAAUAGGUGGUCUGUUCUUUGCCAAGCCAAUGAGGGACAAGAAAUAUAUCACCAUGAUGGACCCAUUCCAGAUAAAGUAUGGCAGCCUUCUGAGUGGUGCUCUAGUACUGCCUUCUCUGCUGGUGGAUGUGCUGUGGGUGUCCUGCACUCUGCUUGGCUUAGAAUUUCUGUGUUUGUGGGUUUGUCUUACAGGAGCAACUAUGAGUGUGAUAUUGGAAUUGCCCUAUGUUUAUUCUAUUUGGAUCUCAUCAGCGGUGGCCAUCGUCUACACUUUGUUAGGAGGCCUUUAUUCAGUGGCCUACACUGACAUCCUCCAGCUCUCUCUAAUUUUCCUCAGUUUGGGGCUGUGUAUCCCCUUCCUUCUGCUCAACCCCAAAUCUACAAACAUUGCCCAGACUGCUUUCAACCACACGUUUCAGGAACCCUGGGUCGGCACUCUGGACAAGGACAGAGUCUGGAAAUGGAUUGAUGACUUCCUAAUGCUGGGGCUUGGCAGUGUUUCGUUUCAGAGCUUCCACCAGAGGACGCUGUCUGCCUGCUCCUCACUAACAGCCCAGUUAACCUGCUAUGCCGCUGCCCUUGUCAUUGCAAUACUGGGAAUCCCCCCUGUCUUGGUUGGGGCUGUCGCAGCCUCCACAGACUGGAACCUAACACUGUACAGCUCUCCACCUCCAUAUGUACGUGGUGAGCACACUUUGGUCCUUCCCCUAACCCUACAAUACCUCACUCCGUCUUACAUCUCAAUCAUUGGAAUCGGAGCCGUGGCCGCUGCUGUCAUGUCAUCCACAGACUCCGGCUUGCUGUCCGCAACUUCUCUUUUCUCGUCAAACAUCUACAAGAAUAUCCUGCGUAAACAGGCUUCAGACUAUGAAAUGCAAUGGGUGAUUCGGGUCACUGUGGUGGUGGUGGGUCUGAUUGGAACAUCCAUAACGUUCUACACCAACAGCACCCUGGUCCUCUGGAUUCUUGGAGCAGACGUUUCCUAUACCCUUAUAUUCCCCCAUCUGGUCUCUGUGCUCUUCUGUAAAGUGACAAAUGGUUACGGUGCCAUCGUGGGUUACAUCAUAGGCUUGACUGUAAGGAUUUUGUUGGGAGAGAACGCUGUAGGUCUUCCUGUUAUUCUACAUCUUCCUGGUUGCACAUUGGAAGAUGGCAUUUAUGUCCAAAAGUCCCCAGUCAGAACAAUCUCCAUGCUCUGCACCCUGAUAACCAUCUUAGUUUUUUCCAUGCUGGCUUUGUUCGUGUUCAACCAUGGCCUGCUGUCUGACAGGUGGGACAUUUUCCAAGUAAAAUGUAACAUUACUUCAUCACCAGCAGAUGCUGUCACUCAGAAUCUCAAAGAAGAAGCUGGAAGUGAUGCUGAAUGUGAUGACAACAGACAUGGAGUUGCCUUACAGCCAAUGUUGCAGAAUGGAUCUGACACUUAAAGGCUGGGCUAUGCUUGAAACGAAGUAGUUUGAAGUGUCAUCCGACCAUGUUUAAAAGCAAAAGUUGAAAUAAGGUUAGCUUUCAAAUGUGGACGACGAUGUACACUUUUACAGUCUCUCCUCUGAGACAUUCAUGGUGUCGCACUUGGUUGUACAUACAAAAAGUGAUGGAAGUAGUGAGAAGAAUGAACAAAGCGCUUGAGAGAGAAGCUCAGAUCCUACCUAAUUUUUUUAGCGUCUCGCUCACUGAAGUGGGUGUGCAUCUUGGAUUCCCUCCAUGGAAAGCGUCUGCAGUGUCUACAGUGUCUGCAACCUUGGUUGGCUGUUAGCCAAUGUGUGUAGUGUUUCAGCUCACUACGCAGACCGCUGCCAGAUUUUCCAUCCAACUAACUCAAUGCAGCUUCAAAGGCAUAAGCAAGUAUUUACCAGCAUUCCAUGUGAUGUCCUUAAGAAUCCGGUGCCUUUAGAUAUUUGUUGAAUAAACGUAUUUUGUUCAAAUUAUCGAUUUCAUCUAGUUAUUUGAUAUCAAUUACAGAUAU